AUGGGCGCCUUCUACGACGACAUCCCGCACAGCCUCGUCGACUGGAUCAAGUGCCAGCACAUCUUCUGGGUCGCGACGGCCCCGCUCGCCGCGACCGGUACCGUCAACGUCUCGCCAAAAGGCUACGACUCGUUCAACAUCGUGUCGCCGACCGCCGUGUGGUACCUCGACUGCACCGGCAGCGGCAACGAGACCAUCUCGCACCUGCGCGAGCCGGGCAACGGUCGCCUCACCAUCCUGUUCAGCGCCUUCUCGGGCCCGCCGCGCAUCGUGCGCCUGUUCGGCACCGGCCGCGUCUACGAGCGCGACACGCCCGACUUUGACGCGCUCCUGCCCGUCGGCGACGAGCGACGGCUGCCCGGCGCGCGCGCCAUCAUCUGGCUCGACGUCGACCGCGUCGGGACCUCGUGCGGCUACUCGGUCCCGUUCUACCAGUACGAGGGCGAGCGGUCCGUCCCUCGCUCCUCUCCCUCAGCCUCGCCCUCGACACCCACCGUCGUCUCCGCCAAUGCGGCCGCCACCGUCAAGGACGGCCUGCGCGCCUACUGGCGCCUCAAGAACGCCGAGUCGGUCGACGGCCUGCCCGGCCUCGCCGCGGCCGGUUUCCCGCCCGAGCAGGGCGCGAUCCGCAAGAGCCGCAAGGGCCUGCAGGAGGCAAAGAGCGGGAGAGGGCGCAAGGUGAGCGGGAGCGGCGUGCGGCAGCUGUUCAAGGCGACGGUCGGCGCGGGGGAGGCAGGCGGCGGGCUCGAGGGAGUGCUCCUCGCGCUCCUCGUCGGCGUCGUCGUCGGUGUCUGGAUCGGCAAGGAGUACCUCUAGAUCCCUUUCGGCCUCGAUCCCUCUUCCUGUAUCGUGCAGCACUCUCUCGCG